CACAAAGAUCAGUCUGGCUAUCAAUUACCAUCACAACCUGUUAUUGAAGUGAAAUUCAGAGUAUUUUUCAUGGACAAAAUUGGAGAAAAUUCUAUGUAUAAACUAGCCCACUGCCUACUAUUACUAUACUAUUAGGCAGACGUGCAGCGAGCGGCGUCGAGUUGGGUUUUAGUUUAGCCGAUAACCUUUUGAAUUACGCUGAAGAUUGGGUGAUUGGGGUAUUAUGUGCAACUGCGUCCGGUGGACCUGGAGGAGCGCCUUCCGGUUUUCAGUCAUCGGACCUGGAAACACAGAGCUCGGUAACUCCGAGAUUUCAUGUACCCAAUUCCCGAUUUUCAGAAAUAAUGGCAGAUUACAGCUUUUGAAAUGCGCUGCGAAAGCAAACCCUUCUCCAAUGCCAGGCUCAGAGGGAGACAGAUAUGGCCAGUUGGAGUUUGAGGACAAAGGGGACAAUGAAUUCGAACUCCGACGACGUCGAAUUAAUGCUAGCUUGGAGAAAAUUAGUGACGACAAUGGGAGAGAUAGAAGUGGGGAGGAAUUGGUUAGAAAGAAAAUGAGGAGGAGGCAAGUGAUGAAGAGGUUAAAUAUGGUGGCAAAGCAAGUAAUAAGCAUCCAGUCUGCUCAAAGCUUAGGCUUUGUGUCUCAAUUAUGGGUGGAUACCACCUCAUGGGUUGUAUUGGUUGUGGAGGUGAGGCCAAGCUUGCUCUCUGGGGAAUCAGAAAGGUUUCUUUUACAAGAUGUUGCCAAGGUUGGUGAUGUUGUGCUUGUUGAAGACGAGAGAGUGAUGGAGAAGGAUUUUAAAAUGAUUGGACUUGAGACGCUGGUAGGAUACAGAGUUGUAACUCAAGGACGUCAAAACAUUGGGAAGGUGCGGGGCUAUACUUUCAACAUUAAUUCAGGGGCUGUUGAAUCUCUUGAGUUGGAUUCUUUCGGGAUAUCCAUCAUUCCAUCAAGUUUGGUGAGCACUUACGCUUUGCUUGUGGAGGAUGUGCUGGAAGUUACAGCUGAUACAGUAGUUGUUCACAAAGCUGCAGCAUCACGCAUACAGAGGCUGACAAAGGGUUUCUGGGAUACCAAGAAGGCUGCUAUUUCGAUAGAUGAGAGUACAGAGUAUGAGGAUGAUGAUGAGCCUCUCGAAUUUGAUGAUGGUUGGAGAAAUCAAAGGGGUUCUAGUGGCCAGAGAUCACGUUCAAGGAUGAGGAAAGCAGAUGAUGAUUGGGAUCUUCCAAAGGAUUACUUGUGAAUCGGUUUGGGUCUCGAUCCCUCGAGUCUCAUUCUUUGGAAUGUAGAUAUCUCAAAUGAAUUUAUAGAAAUCCCAAAGGUCCUUACAACAUGAAACCCAUUAUCCCAUCUUUUUUUCCCUUUUGAAUCAU